AUGUCGCCCGUCAUGGCCGAGCCCGUGGUACAGACCAUCUACAGGGAUCCCGCUCUGUUCUACUGGAUCCUGCUGCCCAUCACCGUCGUCAUGGCGAGUCUCAUCCUCACCGGUAUCCUGCGCCACUACCUCUCGACCCUCCUCCAGUCGGCCCCCAAGCAGCAAGCCAUCAAUCUCGUGCGCCAACAGCGCUCCCUCAUGCGCGGCGUCAACCUCCGCAACAACUACCACCAGCUAUCCCCCUCCUCCUUCGCUGCCCGCAAAGCCUACAUGAUCCAGGCCUACAAGGACGGCACCUUCCUCGCCGAACCCGAGAUGCGCGGUCAACCCAAGGGCAACCCCAUGGCCGACCCUGCUGCCAUGGAAGGCAUGAUGGGCAUGAUGAAGGGCCAGGUCGCCAUGAUGGUGCCCCAGAGUUUGAUCAUGGGCUGGAUCAAUGCCUUCUUCUCUGGCUAUGUCAUCAUGAAGCUGCCAUUCCCCUUGACUCCUCAAUUCAAGUCUAUGUUGCAGUCGGGUGUUGGCACCAGAGACCUCGAUGUCCGAUGGGUUUCGAGUCUGUCUUGGUACUUUUUGACCCUGUUCGGUCUGCAGCCCGUCUACAACUUUAUCCUCGGCAGCAACAAUGGUAUUCAGGUCACGCAGCAAAUGGCCCAGGCUCAGAUGGGCGCCAACCCCAUGGGUGGCCAGGAUCCCGACAAGGACUUCCUGAACGAAGCAGAAAACCUCGAGGUCCUCGAGCACCACUGCCUUCUCGAUGGUGUCGAGGACAGACUACUGUCCACUGUAGUAUAG